CCAAGAUCAACUCAACUUAACCAUUUCAUCAAAUCAUUCUCAACAAACAAAUCAACAAACAAAUCAAAAUCACCAAGAUCAAAUUCAUUCAAUCCAAUCCAUCAUCAACCUAACCACCAAUCCAAACCACAACCACAACCACAACCACAACUUCAUCAACACCUCGACAUCAAUUCAUUAAACCAAAACACUCCAAUUCACAUCCAACUUCAAGCCAUCAAAUCAUACCAAAAAUGUCAACUUUCAUCACUAAACCCUAUCAUUAGGUUCUCAAUCGUAAGAAAGAUGAGAUUGUUAGACUUACCACCACAUCAAUCACUUUGGCAAUCCAUUGGUUCAAAAGAUGAAAUUAAUUUGUAUCAUUGGAUUCAUGAAGCGUUUGGACAAUUACUUUAUUUGAAAAAACUUUGGAGACCUACAGAUGAUUGGAAUGAGAUGGAUGAUCGAAUUGAAAAAGACCAGUUAGAAGAAAACUUAUCGAUCUUGAAAGAUUCAUUUCAACAUCAAAUCUUAGGACCACUUGAGUCGAGGUAUGGAAAUGAUGUAGUCGAAUCUAAUCUGAAUCAAUUGAUCAAAUCACAUCAUGGAUCUGAUUCUUUAUCAAACUCUAAUAAAAACGUCAACCGAACCGAAGGAGAUUCAAGUUUUUUAAAACCAGCGAUUGUUUGGAGAAGAAAGUGUCCCGAAACAGGUGAAGAAGUAAUUGAAUGGAUGAGUGAAAGAACAUCAGAUGUGGUUUGGCCAGGAUUAGUAAGUUUAAGAUCAGAUCAAUACAUUCCUAGAAUCUAUUGGGAAUCAGAAGCUAGAAGGUUUGCGAACCGAAACGGAGGGGUUCCUAGAGGAUUAGGUCCAGAUGGUCAGAUGGCAAAGGUUGAUGAAGCGAUUGGUGAAGCGUGUGAAUGGGCGGAUUCGCAGUCUGAUUCGGUGGAAGGUGGGGUGGAGUUACAAGAGGUCAUCAAGACUGCUGAAGGGAUUUUGAUCAAACAGUUUUUGGAAGAAAGGGAUAAUUCGGUUCGGUCGUAGGAUUUGAGAUUUGACGAAUUUUGAAAAUAUAUCAUCGAUCAUGGGAAGUUGUUUAGAUUCAUACCACUUGAUUGGAAUUCUAUCUUUGUAAAACAAAAAAUCUUCAAGGCAGUAGCUUCGGACAGGAAAAAUCAUGUAAAACACUACUCAUGAUAACAUCAAUCAAAUAAGGAAUCAAAAAAAAUUAAUACAUCAUCGAAAAUCUGAUUUUUUUC